AGGUGCGAAGCGCAGCGUGCCUCGCCCCGCCCAAGACGGCCUCGGCCCCGGGGAGCUUGCAGCGAAGCUGCGAUGGCCUUGCAUUUGCAGAAGCCGACCUUUUGGGCCAGCCUCCACCUACACAGUGGCCUGCGGGGCUGGGACCUGGGCCGGGAGCUGGCCUUGAGCACCACCUCCGACCAGUUGCUCCAAGCUCCUGCGGAGACGCCGCCCAGCGCUCUUGCCCUGAAGGGGCCCGGGGACCAGCUGGCGACGGAGAGGCUGGCACUGAACCCUGCUUCUACUGAGUCUGAUGAGCAGCCCCACCUGUGGAUGUGGGUGAACCCAAACCUGGUCUGCCCCAUCCCUGGGUGUGCCUCAGUGGUGGUGCCGCUGCCAGAGCCUUGCCCAGCGGCUGGCCCAGAGGAUUCCUCCUCCUCCUCCUGCAGCCUGGCCUGCUGCAGGGAAGAGCUGCUCCCUUUGCCCAGCGAAGCAGAAAAGGUCCCUCUGGAAGAUGCUGCCGCUCAACUAGACAGGGGGAUGUGGGGCACCCGGGGGCCCACUCAGGCCAUCUGGAAAGCAAAGGUCCUCCGAUUCCGCAGCAGGAAGCUGAAGCGGACCCUGGGGGGCUGGCCCCGCCCACCGCUUAAUUAUUGCAUUCUCAUCAGCCUUGCCCUGAGCAGUAGUGUGGACAGCAGCCUGACUGUGCAGGAGAUCUACCAGUUCACCAGGCAGCACUUCCCCUUCUUCCGCACAGCUCCCGAGGGCUGGAAAAACACCAUCCGGCACAACCUGUGCUUCAGCAGCAGCUUUGAGAAGACCACAGACUUUGUGUGCCUUGAAGGGAGCCGCAAAUCCCGCUUGUGGAAGCUCACCAUGGAGGGACGCCGCAAGUUUCUGGCGGAAACACAAGCACUGCCAGAGGACCUGAUGGGGCUGGUGCAUGAGAGCAUGGACAACCCAGAAUUGAUGAGGUCUCUCUUCAGGCUCUGAUCCAGUUGUUCAUUGGCCCUCAACAGCAUGGAGGGCACCCAUGCCAGCUGGGAGCUGCUCCUGGAUGGUGCGGCUUUUCUCCCAGCACUUAGAGAAGGCUCUGCCACCUGUUGAAAGAAGCGCAGCAGAGCAGAGGGGGCUGUGGCUGGCUUCCUCCAGCAAGGCAUUCCUGAGCUUCCUGCCUUCCAAAGACAUUCUCAGGGGUGGAGGAAAUCCCCCGUUUUCCAGAUGAAGGACCCACUGAGGGCUGCUGGGGGAGAGAUGGGCCGGUCUGGCGUCUCUGGCCUGUGGCCUGGCUCUUGUUUGAGGUAAGGGGAAUCCUGUGGCCUUCCAGCGGUUGCUGCAACCCCAUCCAGCGCAGUCGUUGGGGAUCGUGGGAGCUGCAGUCCAUCAAUAGCUGGAGCAGCCAUGAUGUGAAACAGGAACUGGUGACAGGCUGGAUUCUUGACUUCUCCUGUGGACCAAGUUUGACAGAGGCUGCCCACCUUACAGUGACAUCAGAUCACAUUGGGUAUGGCAGGUGAGCGCGGCUUGGCCAUAUGGGGAGGCCUGCUGGGCACCGUGCCACGGCUCUGUCCCUGCUUGAAGGGGUUCAGGGGCAGCUUCCUAUGGGACUAGACACCUCCCCAAAAUAACGAUGAGUCUUUUUUUCCUGAAUAUAUUGGUUUUUCCCCCCUUGCAGCAUGGGAGAUGAUGGUGUCAUAUUUUGUGUUCUGUUUAAAGGUUCUCUGAAGCAGAAAGCACACAACCUGAGUGGUUGAACUACUUUAUAUAUUUGUCCAUUCUUGAAAAUGUAGAGAAAUUACAUUCCCUAAUAAAUAGUUUAAAAUGCAUGCAAAACGCUG